GCACAAUUAGUUGUUUUUUAUUAACGUUUCAAUUACGUAAUAUUACGAGUAGAAAUAAUUCUCGCACAAUAAAAGCCAAUGUUGGGAAACGUUUUGCCCUCAUUAAACAUGGCCGUCAUGAGAGGACUGACGUCGGAAACAUUCCUUUGAAAUCACCGGAGAGGGAAAGCGUAGAGUUGAAAAGAAUGGAGUCUGCACCGGUGAAGAGGAAAGCUGAUGGCACGAAGUUGCUUUUAGGUCGACAAGAACAUCAUCGGAACCUUGUGGAAGGAAGCAUCGUGAGGAUCAAGAUGGAGAACUUUCUGACAUAUGACCAGUGUGAGGUGUUUCCAGGCCCAUACUUAAAUAUGAUUGUUGGUGCUAAUGGAACGGGAAAGUCUAGUAUUGUUUGUGCCAUAUGUCUUGGAUUAGCUGGCAAAACAGCAUUCAUUGGUCGUGCAGAUAAGGUUGGAUUUUAUGUGAAGCGGGGCUGCCAAAAAGGAUUUGUUGAACUAGAACUGUACAAAACAUCUGGAAAUGUGAUCAUCAAAAGGGAGAUUCAAGUUGCAAACAACCAGUCUGUGUGGUAUAUAAACCAUAAAAGUGCAACACUGAAAACUGUUGAGGAGCAUGUAGCCGCUCUAAACAUCCAAGUUGGAAACCUUUGUCAAUUCCUGCCACAGGACAAAGUUGGGGAAUUUGCUAAGUUGUCUAAAAUUGAACUUCUAGAAGCAACUGAAAAAUCAGUUGGCACUCCAGAAAUGUACAAGUUCCACUGUGAAUUGAAGAACUGUAGGGAGAAAGAAAAGGAACUUGAGGGUGCUUGCAAAAGUAAAGCUGAGUUUUUGGAAAAAUUGAACCAAAGAAACGAACGGUACAAACAAGAUGUUGAGAGGUACUACCAGCAAAAGCGCCACCAAGAUAAAAUUGACAUGUUGGAAAGGAAGAGACCCUGGGUGGAAUAUGAAAAUGUGCGUCAGCAGUAUGAAGAUGUAAAAAAAAGUUGUGGUAAUUUCAAGGAUGAGCUAAAGAAGUUACAAGGAUUACAAGCUCCACUCAAUCAAAAAAUCCAGCAAAUUGAAAAGAGGCAGAGAAUCAUUGAUGAAAAGAUUAAAGAUAAAGCAAUUGAGAUAAAAGAAACCUCUAAGAAUUGUAAGCAGAAACAGGAUGAGCUGGAACAAAAAGAUAAGCAGAUUGAGGAAGUCCAGCAGUCACUAAGAGUGAAAAGAGAUGCGGAGCAGGAGAGACAAAAGAAGAUUGGCAACAUACGUAAAAUGAUCGAAGAUUGGGAGAAAGAGCUCAGUGCUAUGACAAACCAAGAAAACAUUCAGCCAGAAAUGGAUUCUAUUAACACCGACUUUCGACGCAUCCAGGAUGAUAAAGCAAAUAUUGAAAGUGAAAUGACUGACCUGAGAAUGGAGAAGGAUAAUCUGGAGAGAGAAAAAAAAGAAAAGGCUAAUAGAAUUAAGCAGUUUGACAAUUUAAUGAAUCUCAAAGAAGAAAAACUGAAGAGAAUGUAUUCUGAUACUUAUAAUGCUGUUGUGUGGUUAAAAGAAAAUAAAGAUCGAUUUAAGAACCGUGUUUGCCAACCAAUGAUGCUGGAAAUUAACAUGAAAGACCAACGCCAUGCAAAAUAUGUUGAAAAUCAUAUUCCCAUGAAUGAUAUGAAGGCUUUUGUUUUUGAAAGCCAAGAAGAUAUGCAAGUGUUUCUAAAAGAAGUGCGUGAUAAGCAAAAUCUGAGAGUAAACACUGUAUGUGCGCCCCAAGAACCAUAUGCAGAGCAAAGGCCUAAAAGACCUAUCACUGAUCUUAAGCAGUAUGGAUUUUUUUCUUACCUUAGGGAAUUAUUUGAUGCUCCUUAUCCAGUGAUGAAUUACUUAUGCUACCAGUAUAAAGUGCAUGAGGUACCUGUUGGAACAGAGCAAACUAGAUCUAUGAUUGAAAAAGUAAUUAAAGAAACUGACCUUCGACAAAUGUACACAGCAGAGGAAAAGUAUGUCACAAAAAAAUCUGUUUAUAGCCAGAAACUUAUUUCAAGUAAUGUGUCCUUAAAAGGGGCUCAGUUCUUAACUGUCACCGUUGAUGCAGAAGAAAGGCAGCAGGUGGUAGAUCAGCUAAAGGAGAUUGAAAGAAAAUGUUCCACUAUAGAAACUUCAAUGGAGCAGUUGGCUGAGAGACAAAGGUCUUUGGACCGAAGAGAUAAUGAAUUGAGAUUGAGGAAGAAAACAAUUUUGGAAAUGAAAACCAAAAAAAGACAACUGGAACAAAAAAUUUCUACAAAAUAUGACAGCUUGAAUCGAUUGGAACAAGAUAACUUAAAUUUAGAGGAAGUUCAACAACAAGCUAAUAACAGGAUAAAAAAUCUCAAUGUACAGAAAGCAAAGCUUGUAAAAGAUCUUCUGGAGUUAAUGAAGAAAUGUACAUCACUAAGUAUAGAAAAAGUGGAGUUGGCCCUCCAAAGCACUGCUAUAUCAUCUGAGAAGAACAAAAUUGAGUCUGAUUACAAGAGUGCCACAUCACAGUUAAGGGAAUUAAAGAACCAAUAUGACGGUAUUGAGGCCAAGAAGCUUCAUUUACUUGAAAACUGUAAAGGACUCUUGAGAAAAGCAAGGCAGGCUUGUAACCUAGGACCAAAUCAAGCUGUGCCUCAAGAUUUUCAGACUACUUCCAGAUUGGAGUACUCACAUUUAUUAGACAUUCUUGAUCGAAUUGUGAAUAAUGACAGUCAGGCCUUCCAAUCGCUCCCCGAGUCAUUGGACGAGAUAGAUGCUAUGCUAAAUGAAGAAAGAUCUAGAGCAUCAUGCUUCACAGGCUUAACUGCUUCAGUUGUAGAUGAUUACAACAAACGAACAAAAGAAAUCCAAGAAGUGACUGAGGAACUUAACAGAAAAAAACUCGAGCUGGAGGAUUACAGGAAGAACAUUUCACAGGUGAAGGAAAAGUGGCUCAACCCUUUAAAACAACUAAUAGAAAAAAUUAAUGACCAAUUCAGCAGUUUCUUUAGUUCAAUGCAAUGUGUUGGUGAGGUGGAUCUCCACACAGAAAAAGAGGAAGAGUACGAUAAGUAUGGAAUCCGAAUUCGUGUGAAGUUCCGAAGUAGCACACAGCUGCAUGAACUGACUCCACAUCAUCAGAGUGGAGGAGAACGUAGUGUUUCUACAAUGCUUUAUCUUAUGGCUCUUCAGGAGCUUAACAGAUGCCCUUUCAGGGUUGUAGAUGAAAUAAAUCAGGGAAUGGACCCAGUAAAUGAAAGACGAGUUUUUGAAAUGGUUGUUAAGACAGCUUGCAAAGAAAACACUUCUCAGUAUUUCUUCAUUACACCAAAGCUGCUCCAGAAUCUUACCUAUGCAGAAAAAAUGACUGUGUUGUUUGUUUACAAUGGCCCAUUCAUGCUGGAACCCACAAAAUGGAAUUUGAAAGCAUUCCAUAGAAGACGAAGAAGAGUUGCAGCUGUGGAUCAAUAAGUGCUGUUUUCUUUUGAAGCAUAAAAUGGCUUUGUGUCAAACAUGCAUCUUGCAAAUCCUCCUAACAUUCCUUCUAUGGCUCUUCUAGUUAAAAUGUUAUUGCAUCUGCCAUAAUAAUUUCUUGCAGCACAUUUAAAAUAUAUAGUUUUGUGAGCAUUUCUUUAGUUCUAAAAGAGUGGUUUCCAUACUGUGGGAGCCUGCCUUGAUGGGAAUCUGGGGCAGGGGGCCCAGUCCAAAGGAGUAUAUCUGUUUGAUCCUUUAAAUACUCUUAAAAGCUUAGCAUAAAGUUCAACGAUUUUUGGGUGUAUAUAUUGUUGGAACUAUAUAGCACUUUUCAUAUAUGUGUAAAUUAAACCUGAAAAAAAGGUUUGACCUACAACAUGGGCUUGAACAGAAAGUCUGGCAACUACAGUUCUAAAAUAAAGCUAUUUUUCUCAACUUUUUGCUUCUUGCAAGAAUAAGAUACAUUUUUCCCUUUUGUGUAGGUGGGCUACAUUGUUUUAUUUCAUUGUAUAAUUUGGAGAAAUGUAGCUUUCAGCUUGAUUUGUCUUACAAUUUUCAAAAUUUAAAUGUGCUAUUUUUUAUUUGCAGAUAUUAAAACUGUGGAAUUGCAGUUGA